AUGAACGUCUUGCGCAGUGGGAGCAAUUUCCCCAGUAUCCUGCGAUCCUGCCGAUCCCAGAGUGUUCUCCGCAUUCAAAGCCCCAUCACGUCCGUGCCCAGCCGUAGAUUCCACGCAGGACCAGCUUUAUGGGGGAUCAAGUCACAAAUUUUGAAGGAUGUUGGUGAAGAAGGUAUCACUGAGGUCCAGAUCAUUCAGUGGUACGUGGAGGAAGGGGCACAUAUUGAGGAAUGGAAGCCUUUGUGUCAGUACCAGUCUGACAAAGCUGUUGAUGAUAUUACAUCCCGGUACGAAGGCGUGAUCAAGAAGCUUCAUUUCGAGGCAGAUGAUACUGUUCCAACGGGGCGAGCAUUGUGUGAAAUUGAGGUCGAAGAUGGAAAAUACCCAGAUGAUCACCCACCACAUGAAUCACAAGCGGCCUCAGAAUCAACUGCACCAACUCCCGAAUCGCAAAUAGUGGCAGCAACUCAAGCUGCUGAGGGUUCAACAAUACCUCUUUACUCUCUUCCGUCUUCUGAAGCUAUUCUCGAGAUACCCACAUCGAAACAUGCAUCCCUUGCAACUCCUGCCGUGCGCGGGCUGCUCAAGACCCACGACCUCAACAUCCUAGACAUCACCGGGACAGGGAAGGAGGGACGUGUCAUGAAAGAAGAUGUUCUAAAAUUCGUUGAAACUCGAGACUCUCCUGCAGCAUCUCUCUCAAGUCCAUCACAAGUAUCUAUCACACCAGACACCAAGCAGACCGAGUCUGAGGUCAAACUGACCCCGAUGCAAUCGGCCAUGUUCAAGACAAUGACCAAAUCCCUCAAUAUCCCCCACUUUCUGUUUGCCGACGAGUUAACAGUCAGCGAUAUCUCUUCCAUUCGAAAGAAACUCGCCAAUGAUGCGCGGGAUCCCAAGAAAAUCACCCUCCUACCCUUCAUUGUGAAGGCCGUCUCGCUUGCUCUGAACGAAUUCCCCAUUCUCAAUGCCCGAGUAGACGCCAGCACCCCUGAGAAACCGAAGUUGAUCAUGCGCGCUAAGCACAAUAUCGGCAUUGCGAUGGACACACCGGCAGGCCUGAUAGUUCCCAAUAUCAAGGACGUGGCAAGCCGGUCCAUCUUCGAUAUUGCAGCCGAGAUUUCACGUCUCAGUGCACUUGGAAAGACUGGAAAGCUUACAUCUGCUGAUCUGAGCGGUGGAACUAUCACUGUCUCGAAUAUCGGGAACAUCGGUGGCACCUAUGUUGCGCCUGUGCUUGUGCCGACGGAGGUCGCCAUUCUUGGUAUUGGAAGGACAAGGACGGUACCCGUUUUCGAUGAGGCAGACCAGGUUACAAAGGGCGAGCUGGUGAAUUUCAGCUGGAGUGCUGAUCAUCGCGUCAUUGAUGGGGCGACUAUGGCACGCAUGGGUAACCGUGUGAGGGAGUUGAUUGAAUCCCCCGAGUUGAUGCUGCUCAACCUCAGAUAA